GAAGCUCGACUUGCAGAUUACUUUGAUACGAUUGCAGGGACUAGUACUGGAGGCCUAAUGGCGACCAUGUUAACAGCACCAGACCAACAUGGCCGUCCUCUUUAUGCUGCAAAGGAUAUAGUUCCAUUUUAUCUUGAACACAGCCCCAACAUCUUCCCCCAGCGCAAUGAAAUACUAUCGCUACUAAGGAUGCUGUGUGGUCCAAAAUAUGACGGCAAGUAUCUAAGGAAUCUGAUCCGAGGGCUCUGUGGAAACCGAAGAUUCCAAGAAACUAUAACCCAUUUGCUUAUUCCCACUUAUGACAUCAAGACACUUCAGCCCCAAGUUUUCUCUACAUAUGAGGCAGAGUUGGAUCCUGGAAUGGAUGUUUUACUAUCAGAUAUCUGCAUCAGUACUUCGUCAGCUCCGGUUUAUUUUCCUGCUUACUUCUUCAAAACAAAAGAUUGUCAAGGAAAUGAUAGAGAAUUUAACCUUAUAGACGGAGGCAUUGCAACCAAUAACCCUGCACUGCUAGCGAUGAGGCCAACUGGAGCCAAUGCAAAACUAUUGCCAGCAAAUGUCCUGGAUUAUGGCAAGUAUCUAGUUCUAUCAGUAGGAACAG